ACAUCCAUUAUUCUCUGUACAUUCACUCUCUCUCUCUCUCUCUCUCUCUCUCUCUCUCAGUAACCAGAGAGCAAUGGCGUGUAGUAGGCUCCCCACUCAACUGGCGAUACCUGGCAACAUCCACCACCGCCACCUCUCCAAACUAAACGGCGGCACACUGUGCUGGAGACGCAAUUUAGCAGCUGAACCUCUUCUCUUCCCUACCCUCUCCUCGCCCAUUUCUCUCUCCAGGAAAUCCUCGAAUGUGCAAAGGACGGUGGUCACAUGCAGCGCGGGUGGGGCAGUGAAUGUGGGGCCAGGGACUCCGGUGAGGCCGACGAGCAUUCUGGUGGUGGGUGCCACCGGCACUCUUGGCCGACAGAUCGUGCGGCGAGCGCUCGACGAAGGGUAUGACGUGCGGUGUCUGGUCCGACCCAGACCUGCUCCCGCUGACUUCCUCCGUGAUUGGGGCGCCACCGUUGUUAAUGGAGAUCUUAGUAAACCUGAGACGAUACCUGCAACAUUGGUUGGAAUUCAUACGGUAAUUGAUUGUGCUACUGGGCGUCCAGAGGAGCCGAUAAAAAAGGUAGAUUGGGAAGGAAAAGUUGCUCUUAUACAAUGUGCAAAAGCAAUGGGAAUUCAGAAAUAUGUAUUCUAUUCCAUCCACAACUGUGACAAGCAUCCUGAAGUUCCACUAAUGGAGAUCAAGUAUUGUACUGAGAAGUUUCUUCAGGACUCUGGCCUAACUCACAUUAUAAUCCGAUUAUGUGGUUUCAUGCAAGGCCUUAUUGGGCAAUAUGCAGUACCGAUAUUAGAAGAGAAAUCUGUUUGGGGAACGGAUGCUCCCACACGAAUUGCUUACAUGGACACCCAGGACAUAGCUCGGUUAACAUUCAUAGCUUUACGCAAUGAGAAAAUAAAUGGGAAGCUGCUCACAUUUGCUGGACCUCGCGCAUGGACAACCCAAGAGGUGAUAACUUUAUGCGAGAGGCUUGCAGGGCAAGAUGCAAAUGUUACCACAGUUCCUGUAUCAAUAUUGAGGUUCACUCGUCAGCUGACUCGAUGUUUUGAGUGGACAAAUGAUGUUGCCGAUAGAUUGGCUUUUUCGGAGGUCCUUACAAGUGAUAUUGUUUUCUCCGUUCCAAUGACCGAGACAUUUAAUCUACUCGGUGUGGACUCAAAAGACAUUGUUACACUAGAGAAGUACUUGCAGGAUUACUUCACAAAUAUAUUGAAGAAAUUGAAAGACCUCAAAGCUCAAUCAAAGCAAACUGACUUCUACAUCUGAGAGCAGAGCAUCUUGCAAAUGUGGAUAAUGCUGUGUCUGUAAGUAAAACCUAUGUAUCUAGUUAUUCACUUGCAUUGUUCAAUGUUCUCACCUUUUUGUUUUAUUUUGUUUCUCAGUUUCCUCUUGCACGAUAAAAAGUGCCUUCUUUUCCAUAGGACAAAGGUUUCAUUAUUGUAAAUGUUGAUAUGUACUAAUGUAAUUUAUUGUGUAUUCUUUUCAAAGGGAAACUAACAUAAUAUUCUUAGUGAUAA